AUGAAUAACUUCAACAAUCCAUCAAUACUCAAGGAUACAGCUAUGAUGGAGGCUUCUCCCGAAGCCUCCAUCAUACCAAACAUGUAUCCUACUGUUAUUCUAGGUACCCCAAUACCCUCAAGCCCUCCCCCGCCUUCCGAAAACCCUCAAUUCGAAAUCUCUAGCCCUAGUCUACCAACCAAUCAGCCAACCAGUUCUGGAAGAAGAGUUGAAGACUUCAAUCUACUUAGUGACCUCUUUAUUACUCAAGAUACAAUUAAUACUACCUAUAUAUUCAAUCAGAAUAAGAAACGUGGCCCUACAAUGCCCCUUAGCAAUCAGAAUAAACAACCCAGAAUAAAAAACAAUCCAACUACACCUAAGGAAGCUAUCUUAAAAGCAAGAGAUCUUAUAGUAUUAGCAUCAACUCUUUCUCAAUCAUAUGAUGAGCAAUCGAAGCUAUUAGAUCUCCUAGAGAUCUUUAGAGAAUAUACCGAAAAAGGAAAGCUCACCACCGCCUCCAAUAUCAUCACCUCCCAAAUCACUCAUCUAGAAUCCGCUACACGGAAAAUCGAAACUCAAGCUAAAGCCCUAACCAAAGCUCCCUUGUCAAUCAAUACACCAACCACUAAAUCGACAUAUGCAGCAAUAACAAAAGAAGGAGAAUGGAACCUAGUAGGCAAGGGAAAAACUAUUAGAUCUUCCCCAAUAGAUAAGAAGAUCGAAAUCACACAAAGACGCUUAAUCCUGAUCAAACCAGAGAUCACGAACAUUACCUCCUUUUCACCUAUAUCAAUUCGAAACCAAAUAAACGAAGCAUUCCAGAAAACUGGAAUUAAAGGCCCGGUUAUAGCAGGAGUAACUCUAUCGCUGAAUAGAAAUAUAAUAAUUACUACAAAUGCACCUUUCACAUCACAACUUCUAUUAGAAAAAAAGGCAAUCUGGAGUAAUCUCAUCAAAUUCGAAAGAAUUCAAAAGGAUCAAGAAUGGCAUAAGGUCAUUAUUCAUAAAAUCCCUAUAAAAGAAUUUUCUGGAACAAGAGGAAUGGACCUCAUUCUUGAGGAAAUCAAAACCUUCAAUCCAGAAUUCAAGCCCAUAGGAACCCCUUUUUGGCUUACACCAUCAUCAAAAAGAGCUCAUCAACGGGAAGGAGCAAUAAUGAUUGCUUUUGCAACAAAAUCAGAAGCAGAGCUAGCCAUUCGGAAACGACUAUAUAUCGCUGGCACUAGUACAAGAGUAGAAAAGUUCUACGAAUCCAAACCAACUACACAAUGCCAAAAAUGCCAAGGAUUCGGACAUCAGGAUACACAUUGCAGAAGGGAUCCCUCUUGUGGACUAUGUGGAGGCAAACAUAUCACAUCAAGCUCACAAGCUACAGAGAACAUUCUACAGCUUGCAAUAGAACUCAAUAUCGAUCUUAUUAUGAUUCAAGAACCUUGGAUCAUCAAAAAUGGAAUCGAUUACUCAAAUUCAAGAUCUAUUAUACACUCUAAUUUCAUACAAACACUACCAAGAUUCGAUUCUAACUUUCGACCUCGUACAUUACUAUACACUUCAAAAACUCUUCAAACUACAAUCAACCUAGCUCCCGAUUCCCCAAUAGAUCCUGAUAUACAAAUCUUUAAUUGUCAAAAUGGAGAUAAAACCUUUCAAAUUAUCAAUAUAUACAACGAGGCUGAUCAAGCUAAAGAGAAAGGUUUCACAAUUGAAAGAUGUUUAUAUGAUAUAUCUAUCACACAAGAAACUAUCCUCCUUGGCGACUUCAAUGCCCACCACCUAUGGUGGGAUCCUUUUUCAAAGAAAAGCGGAAACGCUGAUCAAUUAGCAGAAUGGUUUGAAGAUCAGAAUCUCAUUCUUCUAAACGAGCCCGGAAUCAGCACUUUCUAUCGAACUAAUCUCCUUAAUCCAAGUGUCCUUGAUCUAAUACUAGCGUCAGAAGGAAUCUCUCCCCAAAUUCACAACUGGCAAACUCUUUCAGAUACAGGAUCCGACCAUGCAGGAAUACUAUUCGAACUGAAAGGAAAAGAAGACUUAAACGCCCUCAAUUCAGAAUCAACAACUAGAUUCAAUACAAAGCUAGCCAACUGGGAAAAUUUUGAAUCAAUACUAAAAUUGGAAUCCCUGUAUUCCCCUACUUUUUCUAUUUUAGACUCAAUAACUUCUACGGAAGAGGACUCACUAAACUUCUUGAAAGAAAGAGACAAUUCCCAUUCAAUUCUAGAUCAAGCAGCAAGCGAACUUACAAGGAUUAUCCAAAAAGCAACAGAAAGGUGUAUACCCAAAGUUGUUUCAAUCAAAAGAGCUAAACCAUGGUGGUCACCCGAGUUGAAAAAUCUUCGAAAAGAGCUAGGAAAAGCAAAGCAAUCAAUCGAAUCAAAUCGAGAGAACCCUAAUCUUAAGGAAGAAUAUCGAAUUGCUAGAAACAAAUACUUUCAAGCUAUUAAAACAGCAAAAAAGGAUCAUUGGAAUGAUUUCCUAGAAAAGGAGGAUACACAGACAGUUUUCAAAGCAAUGACCUAUACCAAAGACUUCCAGGAUCAAAGGAUACCGGAUAUUUCAUCAGAAAGCUCUUUUGAAGGAAAAUGCUCUGCUUUCAGAUCGACUUUAUUCCCUCCCCCUCCUACUACUCUAAAACCACAAUGGGUAGGGUAUAAACAAUCCAAGAAAUGGGAAUGGCCCAAUCUCUCUCAAAUCGAAUUAAGUAAUGCCUGCUCAGCUAAGAUACAAGGAAAGACCCCUGGUCCAGAUGGGAUCACUCAAGAAAUCAUUACAAAGGCCUACAAAGCAAUCCCACAGAUCUUUUUUACUCUUUUCAGCAAACUCCUCAAUCUCGGAUAUCACCCUAAAUGCUGGAAACAAGCUACUGGAGCUAUUCUAAAGAAAGCCUCAAAACCUGAUUACUCACUUCCAAAAGCAUAUAGAGUGAUUGCACUCUUAAACUGUCUGGGAAAAAUUAGUGAAAGGAUUCUAGUUCAACGAUUAGGAUAUUUAGCGGAAACUACCCACCUUCUACACAAGAGUCAAAUAGGAGGCCGCCAAAAGAAAUCAGCAAUCGAUGCUGCACUUCUAUUAACAACAGAAAUCGAAAGAAACAAGCAAGCUAACAAGAAGACCUCAAUAUUAUUUAUGGAUAUAAAGGGAGCAUUCGAUCACGUUUCAAAAAAUCGACUACUGGAUAUCUGCAAGAAGUUAAGACUACCGACGAAUCUCAUCUCCUGGAUAGCUUCAUUUCUUCAACAAAGACAACUAAAACUAUCCUUUAAUAACCAAAUCGAAUCUUUCAAGCCAAUUUCGACCGGAAUACCACAAGGCAGUCCAAUUUCUCCAAUUCUCUUCCUUAUAUACAUUAGGGACCUCUUUUUAUCCAAUUCGAUCAAAUUUCUUUCCUAUAUUGAUGAUAUUGCCCUAAUCACCAAUUCAUCUACAUGGAAAAAGAAUAUCAAAUCUCUAGAGAGAGCUACAAAACAAAUCUACGAACUCAGCUCAAAGAAUGCUAUUCAAUUCGACCUAGCAAAAACAGAGCUAAUGCACUUUUCAUCAUCCAAAUUGACGAAAAACUACCCAAUCAAACUACCCAAUUCGGAAAUAAUUAUACCUCAAUCUCUAAUUAGAUGGUUGGGAAUAUGGUUCGACCCGAGCCUCAAAUUCAAUCAACAUGUUAAUAUUCGAAUCACACAAGCAAAAGGAGCCUUCCAUCGAAUGGCCCGAUUAGCUAAUAUCGAAAAGGGCCUCAGUCCGAAAGCUCUUAGACAGUUAUAUAUAGCAUGUGUGACCAGUAUAGCCGAUUACGCAUCAGUGAUUUGGUGGAGAGGCCAAGCCCAUUUCAAGGAUAUGAUGCAAUCACUUCAAAAUCUAGCUCUUCGAAAGAUAUUAGGAGUAUUCAAAACUGCUCCAAUUCCUCCAAUGGAAGUAGAAGCAGGCUUAAAACCCUCAAAAAUUCGAUUAGACUCGAAUAUUAGGCAAUACGCAUUCCGUUUAGCUAAACUUUCACCAAAUCAUCCAAUCAAUAUCGAAAAAGCAUCACUAAUCCAAUAUCAAGCCAAUUUGGAUGCGAUCUCUACCCCUCGAAGAAAACGAUAUAAACCUACUCAACUGGAUAAAAUCAAAGAAUCGAUAAACCAGGACUUCAACCCUUCCUCACUCGAAAAGAUCAUUCAUUUUAACUUCCCCCCAUGGAAAAGAGAAACCCCCUUCCGAGUUAACAUUAGCAAUUCGUCAAAAGAGGAUGCUGCCAUUCUUCAUAAUAUUGUUUUCAAAUAUAGGGAUAAAGAUACCACCUAUAUUUACACUGAUGCCUCCUCCACCGAAAAGGGAAUAGGUAUUGGAGUAGGCAUAGUAGCUAUACAAUCAAAUAAUCGAAUUCUAUAUCAAGAGCGAAGCAAUAUUGGUACUAAUCAAUUGGUAUAUAAUGGAGAGCUUUUUGGAGUUACAAGAGCUAUUGAAUACGCUAGCUCAAUCGCUUAUACUGGUCAAAAGUUCAAAAUCUACUCGGAUAAUCAAGCUGGUUUAUACCGCUUAAAAACUCCUUCAGAUCACCCAGGACAAGCCAAUCAGAUAAGAGCGAUCAAAGCAGCAGAAGUUAUCAGAGCAAAAGGAGCCGAAAUCUCCUUAAAUUGGGUUCCUGAUCAUACCUCAGUUGAAGGAAAUGAGCUAGCAGAUAAGCUAGCCAAGGAAGCAACCACAAUACAACCUACCUCGAACGAAACAAGCUUUGGACUACUAGGUAUGACUGUCAAAGAAUAUGCCUCAGAUCAAUGGCUUAAUACUCUCAAACAAUACGAACUCAGAUCAAACCAAUCCCCAUCAACUUACUCGAAGCUAUUUCCAUGGAAAAUAGGUUCCAAAAUCAAGCUACCAAGCGGAACUACUCGAAAUACUGCUAGCGCAUUCUUUCAACUCAAAUUAGGUCACGGAUAUAUCAAAUCCUACUUACAUCGUUUCAAACUCACCAAUAACAAAUGUAUCGAAUUAGCUAUCAAAUUUAUCAAUAUCACUAAAAUCGCUACAAGGGCAUGGCAUCUAGCAAGGACUCUUGAACAAGAAGUAAUAGAGGAAGGAGUAGUAGUGGAAGAGGAGAGAGGAGAAGAGAAUGAAGAAGAAGCAGUUGAGGAAAUAAGAGAGGGGUUUGACCUCCUCACAAUUUCUUGA